GUUCUGGAAAACGAAUUCACAAGAAAUUUGUAGGUUUGCAUUCACUUCAAUUCAAACUUUGGAAUUUGUUGCGCGAACAUGGGAAAACAUAAGAAUGCAGAGCAGGAUGCAAUAAUUAUCCAAUUCAUGGAAGCCCAUAAAGACAUCGCCCGUGGCUUUGUAAAAGGCGAUAAAGUCAAAAGCGAUGCGCUUUGGAAGCAGUUUGCAGCGGAGCUUAACAAACAUGGCCCACCAGAAAAAGAUAUUUCCGGCUGGAAAAAGGUUUGGAUGGAUUGGAAGUCCUUUAUCAGGAAAAAAUUUGCCCACAAUAAUUCCGAAGCUAGAGCAACUGGGGGAGGGCCGUUUAACAAGCACACGUUAACAGCAACAGAAGAUAAAAUUGCCCAGUUGUGUGGCAUAUUUACCGUUGUGGGCGUCAUCGAAAAAACGGCUGACUUUGGUGCUCCUCAAAAUUCUGAGGAGAUGACAGGCAAUUCAAGCGAGGAUGAAGACGCAGAAUUGCCAUGUAGAAGCAGUGCCGUCCUCUCAACGCCAUCUCGCAGACGCCAGAUUGGGCUGUCUGACUGCCUUAAGGCAAAUGUUAAUGAGCAGACUGUGGCCAUGAAAACCCUUGCGCAUGGGCUAGAGGAAAAUGUUGACGCCACGAGGGAAGUUAGUGCGGGCCUUAAAAACUUGAAAUCCAUUACUUAA